AUGAACGUCUCUCGAGCCGCUCUUCGACGGGCUGCUAUUCGCUCUCAAGCUCGCCAGCCUAUCACUGUAUCCCAGCGCCAAUGGGUUCGUCAUGCCCACGACUAUGGCAGCGAAUACUCUCAGCCUCCUCCCAAUCGUGGGGGUAAGAUUAUUUCAAUUUCGGCUGCUUUUGCGGUAGUUGCUACUGGGAUUUACUUUUAUCCUACACUGACUGGGCAGUCCGCGGCAGCUGCUGAAGCUGAGAAGGAGUUGGCCCCCGUCAAGGCCGAAAUCGAGUUUGAGAAGCCUCGCAAGAAGGCCAAGGGCAAGGAAGAGAACCGAGAUCUUAUCAGCUCACAGCAUCUCCAAGUCAAGAAUAGUUGGGAGCAUCCUGGAGUCUAUGCUUGGGGAUCCAACGUUGGCAAGGUCAUCGAUCCGAAGUCCAAGGAGAAAUAUGUCAAGGCACCUCGAAGAAUCUCUUACUUUGACGACCAGGUUCUCCGAGACUUGAAGUUGACAUCUAUCUUCGGUGCGGCUGUCACCGAAAAGGGCGAUUUGGUUCAAUGGGGUCUUGGCUACAACCAAAAGGACCCGACCCCUGUGCCUACACUUACAGGCAAGGACAUUGUCAAGAUUGAUGUCUCACUCGACAGAAUUAUUGCACUAUCAAGCAAAGGCAACGUCUAUUCAAUUCCCGCGUCUCGAAAUGACCAAGAGGGUGGUCUCAAAGAAGAGCAGCAAAAGUCCUCCUGGUCUAUCUGGGGAUCAGGUGGUGCACAAGAGAACAUUCAUUUCCGCAACUUAACACCAUCUGGCCUAGCAUAUGGCGAAACUGUGAAGGACAUCAGCACCGGUCAGGAGCAUUGUCUUAUGCUAACCUCCAAGGGCCGCGUUUUCUCCGCUGCAGCUAGCGCUCUCGAAUUUCCAUCAAAGGGCCAGCUGGGUGUUGCUGGCUUGAGCUGGCACAACAGACCCAAAGGUCCUUACGAUCAGCCUCACGAGGUCACCACUUUGAAGGGAUUCGACGUGGCGCAAAUUGCAGCCGGUGAUUAUCACUCGGCUGUUCUCGACCAGACUGGUCGCCUGUUUGGCUUCGGUGACAACUCUUUCGGACAACUGGGAAUCGAUACCGACUUUGGUCUUUUGGUUUCUGACACCCCAGUCAUGGUUCCUACCAACAUGUCCUACACCAACACUGGGCUCGUCCCAACAGUCACAUCUAUAGCUGCCGGUGGAAACAACACUUUCUUCACUGUCGAUGCGAAGACCAGUACGAUUCCUGGCAGCGCCAAGGGUCUUGCCCCAGCAAGGAGACUUCCACCUGUGACCACUGACUUGUGGGCUUGUGGUCAGGGUGUAUAUGGUACAUUGGGUACUGGUCGAUGGUCGCAUGUUUCUGCCAAGCCGACCAAGGUGAAGGGGCUCUCAUCUCUAUUCGAAUUCGACGAGAAGGCCAACAAGAUGAUCCCUAUCAAGCUCAAGUCCUUAUCAAUCGGUUCCACACAUUGCUCAGCCAUCAUGGACAACGUCACUGAGAUCUCAAUCACGGGUCAAGGUUCAGAGAACGAGACUAACUGGGGAGCUGAUGUCGUAUUCUGGGGUGGUAACGAGCACUUUCAACUUGGCACUGGCAAGCGAACCAACGUGAACGCGCCGGCGUAUAUCGCGGCUCUAGACAGCCCAGCUGAUACCCGUAAGGAAGGCACUCCCGAUUUCCAUCGACUGUGCGUGGCUCCUCGAAAGACAGUUCGCCUGGAUGGCGGAAAGGGCCGAAAGGUUUCGUUGGAGCAAAAGGUUGAGUGUGGCAAAUAUGUGAGUGGUAUAUACUCGGCUGUCUGA